AACAGUUUUAUGGUGGAGACGAGAUAGCCGAUAAGCCGUCAUCUUUGUCAGUGGUUACUCUGAUGAGAGAUGUUGAUUUCUGUCGGCCAUCUUCAUCCUUCUCUACCACCUAAGACUACCGCAGACCUCUCUCUUCAACCCUUCACUGUCCCCAAACCCCUAAUCCUACGAAAACUUUCAAAGUACUCCAAACCACUUAUCCGGAGCUCCGCAUCCGAUACCCAUUCCCGAACCCUCCCUCAUUCCGCCAUCCACCGCAUUGCCGAGAAGCUGCGCUCCCUCGGCUUCACCGAAACCCCAACCUCCAAAACUGGACUCGAGUCCAAAGGGGAAGAGAAUUCCGCUGGAGAGAUAUUUAUCCCUUUGCCCGAGAAAUUGCCCAAACCACGGGUAGGGCGCACGCUUGACCCGAGCUGGAGCAUGCCGGAGAACCCGGUUCCCAUGCCUGGGUCAGGGACUUGGAUGGCGAGGGUCAAUGAGUUGAAAGGCGAGGUGAAGAGGUAUAAGGAGCAGGAGAAGUUAUUGGGAAAGAAGAAGGAGGAAAAACUGCCGACAUUGGCGGAGUUGAAAUUGUCAAAGGAGGAGCUCAGGAGGCUGCAGACGGUUGGGAUUAGGUUGACGACGAAGAUGAAGGUCGGGAAAGCGGGAAUUACAGAGGGAAUUGUGAAUGGGAUCCAUGAGAGAUGGAGGAAGGAGGAGGUGGUGAAGAUUGUGUGCGAGGACUUGUGUAGGGUCAACAUGAAUAACACCCAUAACUUACUGGAGAGAAAAACGGGAGGUUUAGUUGUUUGGAGGUCUGGAAGUAAAAUAUUGUUGUACAGAGGGGAUGAUUAUAAGUAUCCCUACUUCUAUCAUAAAAAUUCAACAAAUGAAACUUCUCUUUUGGUGACUCCACACAUGGAUUAUGAAAGAUCCAGUGAGAAUGAAUACUGCUCAUCCAGCACGGAUGGUACAUCUGCCGGACCCAGUUCCACUGACAAACUGGCUCAAUCAGCCUUAAUACGAGGUGUUGGUGUGCCAAAUAGAGUGCGAUUUCAACUGCCAGGGGAGGCAGAGCUUUCAGAAGAAGCUGACCGUUUGAUAGAUGGACUAGGACCACGUUUUACUGAUUGGUGGGGUUAUGAUCCGCAACCAGUUGAUGCUGAUCUUCUACCUGCCAUCGUUCCUGGAUACAGGAGACCUUUCCGUCUUCUUCCAUAUGGUGUGAAUCCGAAGCUAACGGGUGACGAAAUGACCAUAUUAAGGAGACUUGGACGGCCCCUACCUUGUCAUUUUGCACUAGGUAGAAAUAGGAAACAUCAAGGAUUGGCUACCGCCAUUAUCAAACUAUGGGAAAAAUGUGAGGUUGCCAAGAUAGCAGUUAAGAGAGGAGUACAGAAUACUAAUAGUGAGAUGAUGGCUGAGGAGUUAAAGUGGCUGACCGGAGGAACACUAAUUGCAAGAGAUAGGGAAUUUAUUGUAUUAUACAGGGGAAAGGAUUUCCUACCCCCUGCAGUUUCCCUUGCAAUUGAGGAGCGGAGAAUGGUUGGAGUGCAAAAAGAGAAACAGAUGUCUGAGCACUUAGAAUCAGGUAUGACUGCACAGGAGUUUGACGUUAGAAAUGUUGAGAGUGGUUCUGAAGUCGAACUUGAUGAGGCCAACAACGAGAGAACUAUUAUUUUGGAACAAAGAAAGACAAGGUCCACUGAGGAAACUAUCAAAACGACCAGUCUCAAGUUGUCCAUGGCAUUAGAAAAGAAGACAAAGGCAGAGAAACUUCUAGCAGAGCUGGAAAAGGCUGAUCGCUCCGGAAAACCGGAAAUAGAUAAAGAAGGUAUUACUGAAGAAGAAAGAUAUAUGCUUAGGCGGGUUGGCUUGAGAAUGAAGCCUUUUCUACUAAUGGGUAGACGAGGGGUUUUUGAUGGAACAGUUGAAAACAUGCAUCUUCACUGGAAGUAUAGGGAACUUGUGAAGAUAAUAUGUAAAGAGAAAAGUACUAAAGCCAUUCAUCAAGUAGCACGGUCCUUGGAGACAGAAAGUGGUGGGAUAUUAGUUGCUGUUGAAAGAGUAAAUAGGUGUUAUGGUAUCAUUAUGUAUCGUGGAAAGAAUUAUACACGACCUUCUCGAUUGAGACCUUCAACACUGCUAAGCAAGAGGCAAGCAAUGAAGCGUUCUAAAGAGGCUCAGCGGCAUGAGUCUCUGAAACUUCAUGUUUUGAAGCUUACCAGGAACAUAAGCGAAUUGAAACUUCAGUUGGAUGAGGACAUGGAGGCGCAAAAUAUGCAAUCAAUUGAUGAGUCAACAUCACAGCUUGUCAAAGAGGAGAUUAGCAGCAUGCAGGCAGCUGAAGAUGCUCAAUCAGAUAUUGAGCUUAUGGCUGGUCAUCAAUCUUCUUCAGAACUUCCCGAGGUUGAGGAGGUUAAAGACAAACAUGUAGCUGAUUCAACUUCGCCAGACUUGAAUGAUGGCAUGAAUGUGACAUUCGAAAGUCUACAAGCUACUCAACAGGAUCAGACUGAUACAGCUUCUAUGCGUGAUGUCAGUGAGAUUAGCAAGGCUGAACCAGCAUUUUCGUGUCAAUCAAUAAGAAAGGAGACCCAUGUUCAAGACAAACAUGUAGCUGAUUCAACUUCACCAGAUUUAAAUAAUGGCAUGAAUGUGACAUUCGAAAGUCUACGAGCCACUCAACAGGAUGAGACUAAUACAGCUUCUAUGCGUGAUGUGAGUGAGAUUAGCAAGGCCAAACCAGCAUUUUCGUGUCAAUCAAUAAGCAAGGAGACCCAUUCAGAAGGAAUGAGAGAUUCUGCCAUUGGGGAUGCUCAGCAUUGUGGUUCUGACAAUAAUGCAAUGUUUUCAUCAGAUGAAUCAACCAGAAAUAAGAUGGAACCUCUUUUUUCUGCAGUUGAGAAGAAUAAGUCCAUGGAGGGUAAGCUAAUUGAGAUCCCUUCCACUAGUGUACGUCUUUCCAACAGAGAGAGAUUGAUUUUACGCAAGCAAGCCCUCAAGAUGAAGAAACGCCCACCUUUUGCAGUAGGUAGGAGUAACAUUGUUACUGGUGUUGCAAAAGCAAUUAAGUUUCACUUUCAGAGGAAUCCUCUAGCCAUAGUGAAUAUUAAAGGCAGAGCUAAAGGUACCUCAGUUCAGGAGGUUGUUUUUAAACUGGAGAAAGCAACAGGUGGAGUUUUAGUCUCUCAAGAGCCUAGCAAAGUCAUUAUUUACAGGGGCUGGGGUGCAGAUGAUGUAUCCGAGCACAAGAAAAAGGAUGUUAAUGAUGUGUGGAGACCAUUAGUGAACCGAAAGCAUGGAAUACGGCCGGCCAUCUCCUCUGAACUUCUGGCAGCAAUCAGACUUGAAUGUGGCCUGCAGAAUAAGGAAGAGUUCAAAGCAAAUCCCGGGGCCGCAAGUUGAAGGUGUGUCAAUGGUACAGCUACAACUGUUUAUCCAGUUUAGUCUUCUACUACAGAAUGCUUCUUGAGCGGCAAUGUGUUAGCUGAAACAGAAAAAUAUGGGAGUUGAUUAAAUUAUUAGUAGAUUCCACCCUUUCUGUUUCCUCUAAUGGAGAAUUGGAGAUGACAUUGUAUAUUCCAUGAAUUCUUUCUUUUUAGAGUUCCACCGAGCAUCUCCUUUUCAAAAAGUUGUAAAAUCAUGAGCUUCCAAGGGUCCCUUUACAACACAGAUUAAUUAAAGAGGGUAGUUUAUGUUAAA